AUGAGGACAGACGAGCAGGGUCCGUUCAACCGGCGACACUCUUCCACCCUCCACUACCAAACCUUCGACACCCCACCGCCAAAGUCUCGCGGAAGACCGAAUUCUGGACAGUCUGGAUCGUCUGGCGGAGACUCGCAUCAUCAGCAGAAUGACAAUGGCUCCGAGCGCGGGUCUGGGUCACCACUCCCGAAGCGGCAGAUGGCCAUCCUAGCCUUCAUCUCCCUGUGCGAACAAACGGCCUUCAACUCGAUUAGUCCCUACCUACCCGAGAUGGUGUCGUCAUUUCCUGAAGCUGAAGCUCGACCGAAUACCGUGGGCAUGUAUGUUGGAGCGCUGGCUACGGCCUUUGCAAUCGCGCAGCUUGUGACCAACUAUUUUUGGGGCUGGUUGUCGGAUCGUGUGGGCCGGAAACCGAUCAUCCUCCUGGGCACCAUUCUUACGGCACUAUGCUUCUGUGCGUUUGGAUUCUGCAAGACACUAUAUCAGGCUAUUGCGGUACAGGCGUUAAUGGGUGCGGUCAAUGGUAAUCAGGGUCUCGUAUCGACCUGUCUCGGUGAGAUCACCGACCGCAGCAACCAAUCCAAAGCGUUCGCCUAUCUCCCCGUCUUGUAUGGCAUUGGAGGCGUCACCGGCCCCAUCCUUGGCGGAUUGCUGAUCUUCCCCAAGAACCCAUUCGACAAGAGUCAGCCCAACCCAUACCCAUACGCUGCCCCCAACCUCAUUGCGGCGGCAAUCCUCAUUGUCGACUUUGUCGCUUCGAUUUUCCUCCUCGACGAGAGUCUUGACGAUGCGGAUGCCCUGCCCCAUUUUGGCCGGCGCGUUCGGGCCCUGUUUGCCUGGCUCUGGCAAUGGACCAGCUCCGCCAAACGCGCGGGAUGGAUGAAACCACCGCAUCAUGCUUCAUACCGCCACCUCCGAACACAGUCCACCGACAGCCAGGAUCACGACAGCGAAUUGGACUCGGCCUCGGAGGUCUCCGAAUCUCCCCGCCCGCACCCGGAAUCGUUGAUGCAAAGUCAAAUCUGGAACCGGGACACGAUCUUGCUCCUUUUGACGUACCUUGUGUUUGCCCUGUGCAACGUCUCCUUUAACUCGCUCUUCCCCAUCUUUUCACAAGCCAGGCCCCCAUUGGGCCGAGCUCUCACCCCCUCAGAGAUCGGUCUUGCCCAGGGGUUCACGGGGCUCGUUACCAUCAUCUUCCAGAUCUGCAUCUUUGGAAAGUUGCGCGACAAGAUGGGCAACCGAUGGUCUUACCGUGCCGGACUGCUGGGAUUCGUGGUGUCAUUCCUCCUUAUGCCCUUCAUCGGGUACAAGGGCAACGACACGGAUAGGAGCGGUGUCACCGGCAAGACCGCUCUGAUGGCCAUUGAACUAUGUUUUGUCUUGCUGAUCAAGACUGUCGCCUCGGUAGGCGGGUUGACCAGUGCACUCUUACUGAUCACAAACUCCGCCCCGGACCACACGGUCCUCGGCUCUCUGAAUGGCCUCGCGCAAACUCUCUCCGCCGCCGGCCGCGCCGUCGGACCCCUCAUCUCCGGCAGUCUGUUCAGUCUGGCCUCCCGUCUUCCUACCAAAGGCGAAGCCAUGCCCUUUGGUGUUUUCUCCGCCGUCUCUUUUGUCGGAUUCAUCCUUAGCUUCGGUAUCCGCGCCCGUUCCCUCGAAGCGGAAGACUGGGAAAGCGACGACGACGAUGACGACGACGAUGAGGACGAAGACGACGCCGGCGACGACAACACCAACAACACCAACACCACCAACCACGAACGAAGAUCCUACAAACCCGGCAACGAAGACGAAGAAGCUCGUCCAGCUCGUUAG